AUGCCAAAGUGGCCUGUAGCUUUCUUGACGAUGAGUCUCAAGUGGCAUCUUAUCCGAUCGCGUGACAGUUAUGUGCGUGGUCUGGAGCGACGAGUUAAGGAGCUGGAACAACAACUAGCUUCGUCGCUUACACCUCAAAAUUCUCAACAUGACACUUCGUCAUAUCCAUGGGACCAGGAUGCGGACAUCCGUUUGGCUGGCGAGUAUCUGAGUACCAACAAUGGCAUAAAUCAUUCGCCACGACUACAAUCGGUGGAACCCCCCAUGCCAAACUUCAACACAUUACCUGUUUCGUCCAGCAAUCCAGCUGAUCCAGGAAAGAGGACGGAAAACCUGGCUGAGGAGCUUAGACUGCUGUCAUUGGAAGCAGCUGCAGAGCGGUACUUAGGGUCCUCAUCAGGCCUCUCGUUCGCCAAGCUCACUCAGACUGUGCUCCAGCGACUAUCGCCAGAUCAGGAUGGGUUCAUAUUUGAUGGAGACUUUGGUGCUGAUGAGCAGCCAACUCUCGGCGCCGAUGUCGAUCCCUCGAGCUUCAAUCCCAUUUUGUUCGAAAUGAAUCCUUCUUUACUUAGUCCAUUGCCCUUCAACUCGCUGUUUGGGAACCCCGCUGGUGAGGAUUAUGAAGAUUCAAUGGGCCUUGCCCUGCUCGAGCCUGCUCACAUUACAGACCUCCUUGAAUUUUACUUUGCACAUUCUCAUACUCUCUACCCAUUUAUUCGAAAACACGAGUUCGAGUCAACGCUUUGGAGAGUGUACGCCGACCCGUUGGACUCACUAGCCCAAUCGCCGCUUUGGCACUUUCGAAUCUGGAUGGUUCUUGCAAUCGGAUCGACCACAUAUUGCUCUGUUUCAUUGAUGGAUGAGACCGAACCUGUCCAGUUUUUCAAUAGAGCUAUGACUUACUUUGAACCCGCAAUGGGAUGUGGUGAUUUGGUAUCCACCCCUGUGAACAUCUCAUCGCUGACGUUUCAAAGUGUUGUGUCCUUGGCAUUAGGUAGGCCAUUUGCUAUCCAGGACGAUGAUAUUACUGUUGAGGUCGGUCUUCCUGGUCAAUCAUUUGUCUCUCUUCGUAUGCUCAUGAAAGCUGUUCAGCCUUUCGCCGAUGCCGAUGAUGAAAACAUCAAACCAGAAGGAAUCGUCUCAUCAAACACCCUGGAACCUCCUACAACGGCAAUCCCACUUCAUAUUCUCGCACUUAGGAAGAUUGCGAGCGACAUCGGCAGUCGAGUGCAUGCCCCAAAAUACGCCCAGCGACAAAUUCCAGAGGCCCGCGAUCAAAUUAUUCAAGAUCUUCAUAAACGACUCAUUGAAUGGCGCCGAGGUAUGCCAUUUCCUUUGCCAGAUCUACAAUCCAAGGUUCCACAUUUAUGUACCAGCUGGUUUGAUUUCAAUUAUUAUACCCAUGUCAUUAUGCUAUAUCGUCCUUCCCCUUUGAGCCCCGACUUGGAUCCUUCCAGACUGAAAAUUCUUGCCGAGGCAUCGGGAAUGGCAGUUCGACAAGCAACCAAUUUGCACCGACAAAGUCGGUUUGCUUACAACUGGCUCAAUCUAGUGGCUGUUUUCAAUUCUGCAUUGUCCCUUAUGUACACUUCUACUGCUCAUGGGGAUGAUCUUUCUCUUAUACUAGAUCAUACAAGGGCUAUUGGUGAUCUUGGCUUAGCUGUCGAGCUAUUGGAGGCUUUUGGCAAGAAGUUUCCCUCUGCAAAGAAAAUACAAGGUAUGAUCCAAGUAGUGAUAGCCAAGUUGGAAGUUUACAGUAUCUCUUCGGUCGGUUUUUGA